GCUCCAUACCUGCUGAAGAUACUCACCGACAGCUUCGACAUCCGAGCAUCAGGCAACAUGGGGAAUUGCCUGGGGAACCGCUGCGUGGGGAACAAGGACACGAACGUUCGGAUUAGUUUGCCGGCGGUGUGCUUCGUGUGGCAGAUUGCCAUGAUCAUCCUUUUCGGCGUCUUCAUCCGCUACAACUAUGAGUCUGACACUCACUGGGUCGAGUACAUGGCCCAGCAAAACAUCACGAGCAACAUCGAAAAUGAUUUCUAUUAUAGGUAUCCGAGUUUCCAGGAUGUCCAUGUAAUGAUCUUUGUGGGCUUUGGGUUCCUUAUGACAUUUCUGAAGCGAUAUAGUUUUGGGGCAGUUGGCUUCAAUUUCCUAGUUGCUGCCUUUGGUAUUCAGUGGGCACUGCUGAUGCAGGGCUGGUUUCACUCUCUGGACUACACGGAUGGAAAAAUUAAAAUUGGAAUUGAGAACCUCAUCAAUGCUGAUUUCUGUGUGGCUGGCUGCUUGAUUGCAUAUGGUGCAGUGCUUGGCAAGGUCAGCCCUGUCCAGCUUCUGGUCAUGACCCUGUUUGGUGUCACCCUUUAUGCUGUGGAGGAGUUCAUUAUCCUCUCUGUCCUUCAUGCUUGUGAUGCUGGUGGCUCCAUGGUGAUCCACACAUUUGGGGCUUACUAUGGCCUGGCCAUUUCCUGGGUUCUUUAUCGACCAAACUUGGACCAAAGCAAACGUCUCAUUGGCUCCGUGUAUCACUCAGAUGUGUUUGCCAUGAUUGGCACACUCUUCCUGUGGAUGUUCUGGCCCAGUUUCAAUUCUGCCAUUGCUUACCAUGGAGAUGGCCAACACAGGGCAGCAAUCAACACCUACCUAUCCUUGGCUUCUUGUGUUCUUACUACUGUAGCUAUUUCCAGUGUUACCCAGAAGAAAGGCAAACUGGAUAUGGUGCACAUCCAGAAUGCCACACUUGCUGGGGGUGUUGCUGUAGGAACUGCUGCUGAAUUUUUGCUGACAUGCUAUGGAUCCCUUAUUGUGGGCUUCUGCUGUGGCAUAAUCUCAACUUUUGGCUACCUUGUCCUAACACCAUUCAUGGAGAAAUCGCUGAAGAUCCAGGAUACUUGUGGAAUUCAUAACCUACAUGCCAUUCCCGGUUUCCUCGGGGGUGUUGUAGGAGCCAUCACUGCAGCAGCUGCCACUCCUUCAGCAUAUGGAGAGGAAGGACUGAUUGAGACCUUUGACUUCACUGGGAACUUUAAAAACAGGUCCCCAAAUAUUCAAGGGGGAUAUCAGGCAGCUGGAUUGUGUGUGGCUUUAGUGUUUGGGAUAGGAGGAGGCAUUUUGGUUGGUCUCAUACUGAAGCUGCCAAUCUGGGGGGACCCUGCUGAUGAUGCCUGCUUUGAUGAUGAGGCAUAUUGGGAGCUCCCUGAGGAUGAAGAGAACAUUCCCCCCAUUCUAGAGUACAACCACAACAUGACCAGGAAGCAGCAAGAGGUGUCUGAGUCUAGUUUCACAGUGGAACAGAGCUAGGCUCCUCCUUUCCCCAGCAGUGGACAAAAUGGCAUGCUCUUCACAUGAUAAAAUGUACAUGAUGCUGCAUACCUUCUAAAAUUCUGAAUUUGUGAAAUGUAUAAAAUGGUCAUACAGACUGGAGACAUGUAUUAUAACACCUGCAGAUAACAGAACAGCAUUAUAACUGAAGCUGUAAGAGGUCUUGUUGUACUCUGUCAGUGAGUGCAGCAGAUUGGGUGUUUGUUUUAGACCAGAACAAGGAACCUCUUCAGCAUCAUAUCUUGUGAUUUACAGACUGAAGCAGUUCCGCUACAAAUCUGUUCUUUCAUGGAGAAAAUUUAACAGGAUACCAAAUCUAUUUUUUUAUAUUUCAGUCCAAACAGACUUGAGGCUGAAGCUUUCUGGUUUCUGCAUUUGAAUAAUGCAGGUUAGUACUGUCCCAUCCAGUUUACAGUAAUGGGGUAAUAUUCAUAUUAUUUUCUGAAAUAAACUAUUCUCAUGUCAAAUUCAUUGUUGUGCUGUUGAAAAAAAAAGCUUGUACCAUUUGCCUAUAUUAGUUCUUGAUAGAAAAGAAAAUUGUUUCCAAGUUGAAGAAAACUGAGUACACCUGUGGCUAAAUGUUAACACAUUCAUUGUUGCAUUUUAAAAACUGUCCUGUAUUGGUGUGUUCAGGAAAUGUGCAAGUGUCCUUGAACACAAUCUCUA